AUGGAAAACUUAAUUGAUCACAAAAGAGUUACUUUGGACGACUAUAUUAAAACCCUGUCUGAUGAGGCUCUUAAUGGUGAUUUUGAAGAAAUUUUCAAACGUGCACCGUUAGCUGCUGAUGCAUUAUGUGGAGUAGGAUCAUGUAGGGGACGAACAUUGCAAAGAUUUGCAAAUAAAAAAGCUUUUGUCCUGGUUCUUGGUGUUGUUGGAUUAGUUUUCGCCUCAACUCAUAGUUAUUAUAAUGGAACAAUCACCACAAUAGAAAAGCGUUUUAAGAUACCGUCAAGAAACAUAGGAUUUAUAGCAACUGGAAAUGAUAUUACGAGUUUGAUGUUAUCAACAUUCAUUGCUUACUAUGUAGGAAAAGAUAGAUAUAAACUGCUAGUUAAAAUUAUCAUGACUGAUCUUUCAACAUGCUUGCCUCAUUUUGUAUAUGGACCUGGUGAAGAGGCAUUACAACUUACAACAGAAUUCGGUGCAACAGCUGAUACAGACAUUUCAAAACACAUGCAAGAUGCAAAAGAUAAAAAAAUGUUAUGCAGAGUAAAUGCAUCAUCCGAGAACGAAACGUGCCGUAAUGGUGAUGCUGACAAUUUUUUUGCUCAAGUCUUCUUCUUUGUUGCACAACUUGUUGCUGCUGGUGGCUACACUUUAGCAUCCUUGUGUCUAGGUAUUUACAUUGCUCCAGAUUUAACACCUACAAUAACAAAUAAUGAUCCACGAUGGCUAGGUGCUUGGUAUCUAGGAUGGAUUAUACUUGGAUUUAUUCUGUUUUUAUUUGUUCCUAUCAUGGGAAUGUUUCCUAAGGAACUGCCACGAGCUGCAGUCAGAAACCGCGUUGUUAAGGAAAAGGAAAGAAGGCUUCGAGCAAAAUCACUAGAUGUUAAAGAAUCACAUGUCGAUGAGAAAACUUCAUUCAGUGGGAUGUUGGCAACCUUUAAAAGGCUUUUAACAAAUAAAGUUUUUAUGCUGAAUAAUUGUGCAAGUGUUUUCUACAUUUUUGGCCUUCAACCAUUUUGGACGUAUACACCGAAAUUAAUGGAAACACUUUAUCAUACGUCAGCAUCAGCUUCAAGUUUAUUAACGGGUAGUUUUGGUUUGACCGCAUCAGCCCUUGGAAUAUUAACGGCUGGAAUAAUUAUUACAAAAUUUCAACCAACUGCAAGAAAAUUAACUUUAUGGAAUGUGGUGAUAGGAAUCAUUUCUGCAUUAUCCGUACUCUCAUUUGCUUUUAUGGGUUGCAGUGAAAAUGAACAUUCUGUAAAAUUAAAUUUUGACGACGAAUGUAAUUCGGAGUGCCAUUGUGACUACAUGAAAUAUUCUCCAGUUUGUGGAAUCGACGGAAAAACUUACAUCAGUGCAUGUCAUGCUGGAUGUAUGAAUAUAACAAAAUUAAAUGGAACAAAAAUGUUUACCUCUUGUUCAUGUAUAGCCAGCAAAUUAGGAAAUUCAUCAACGGUUGGUCCUUGCUCUGUCGAUUGUCGUUCAAUACUUACAAUUUUUAUCGCUGUUACAUGCAUAAUGAAAUUUUUAGGUGCAUCCGGCCGUGCAUCAAAUUUCCUUGUGGGUAUUCGUUGUAUUGAAAAGGAAGACAAAGCAGUAGCUAUUGGUUUUGGUAUGGCAUUCGUUCGACUCUUUUCUUCUGUUCCUAGCCCAAUUUUUUUCGGUUACAUCCUUGAUUCAGCUUGUAUUGUAUUUGGAAAAACUUGUUCAAGCAGAGGAAACUGUUGGCUCUAUGAUAAUUUAAAACUGAGAUAUAGUUUUAAUUUCAUUGCCGCCAGUUCUAUUUUCAUUGGAGCAUUGUUUGAUUUUGGUGUUUAUUGGAACAGUCGGAACUUGAAAAUUUUCGAUGACAAGAACGAUGAGAAUAAUGAUGAAAAAAAGAAGGAUGUUGGUUUGAAUAAAUUGAAUGUAGUACCUAAUUAA